CGAUAAAUUAUCUUUUAUCAACAUUCUUACUUAUAGAAUUGUUGUAUUUCCAAAUUCAUAGUAAUUGAUUGAAUUCACACCUAUACAUAGAAAAAGGACCGGUCCAACCCAAAAAUACGUCAAGGAUCACUACUUAGCAAGCCAUUGACUAAAUAUUAUGAUACCAUGAUAUUCAUCCACUUGCAUAAGAUCUACUUAUCAAAGGCUUAAAUUAGAAAAAGAAACUUUAUUCUCAUGCUUAAAACGUUAGAUAAAAUAUAACUAUCCAUUGGUUAAAAGAAAUGAAAUCAUAAACAUCUCUUGCUCGUCAUGCCAACGAAAUAAUCAUGACCUAAGUACUAGAAUCCGGAUCAAUAUGCGGCUCAUUCAUCCAUACUCGACUUAUUUUACAUGAAAUAUUCAAUUAAACUUGACCAAAUCACUUGAGAAUUGUAGUUCCCUAAUAUCAUUAAAAAAAUCCGACCAUUCCAAUGAGGCACGAUCAAUGUUAAUAACGUUUAUUAGUCACUUAAAGAAGUUUAAACCUAAUUUCAACUUUCAAGUGGGCGACCUCCUUCAAUUCCGAUUGAUUUUCCGUUCUUGCUAUUAUAAGUUGAGGCUCUCAUUACUUCAGAGUUCAGACCCACUGUGUAUACAACAAAUUCCUCAACAAAAACAAAUAACUGAAUGAUUAAUGCCUUUGAACCAAUACAGGAGAUUCAAAUUUCAAAUAUAAUAAAAAGUAGGUAAAAUUGGAUUCAAUAAGUCAGAUUCUAUGAAAAUCAUGGACAAAGUGGACUUUAUAAUGAAUUUAUAUAGCAUAUAUACCCUUUCCCUAAUGUAAAUCACAAUGGAACGCCCAAAUAAGCUACAAUUUGGGUGGAUACAUUAGAUAUACAUGUAAAAAAUACAUCAUAUUAAGGACAUAAUUAGCAAAUAGCAACACAACAUUGAGCCGAUUAUUAGUAGAAAUAAAAUGAAAGAUUUUGGCAAUAAAAAGCGUCAUGGCAAUGAUCAAUGAUGUUUCGGCAGCAUUAUUGCAAUCAAUUAAGAGCAAUGAAGAGAAGAACAAUUAUUAUCAUCCGUGAAGUUUCGUCUUCAAAACUAUACUAUACUAUGUGCGUUACUGAUGUUUUCUGAGUAUCGGGAAAUAGAAGGAUUCGACAAUGUAAGAAAACACAAGUGCACAUACACAAUACAUGAUUUACAUGGUUCACUAACGCAAUGUGUGUUAGCUAGUCAACGGGCAGGAGAGAGCCAGUUUUCACUAUACUUGAGGAGAUACAAAUUACAGAGGAGUAUGAGAAGUAUUUAUACUACUUCUCCAAGGUCUAACCCUAAUCCAUUAUGGUAAAGGAAAAGCGAUUACAACCAGGCUCAAAACACGAACCCAAAUAACAUUGAGCCCCGCGUGACUUCCAUUCGUAGCUGCUGAUAGUUCGAUUCAAGUCAUAUCAACAAUCUAAUAGCUGAUAUGUUACUCAUUUGAAUGAAGUACCUUAAUUUUCACAGCCAUGAUCAAUGAUCAUAAUUCAUCGUAUAGAUUCGCAAGGCACGACCCGUCUUUGGACUUCCAAAAAGGGCAAAUGCUCCUUGAGGAAUUUAUUUGAAAUUAGUUAAAUAUAUGCAAUAGAUUAAUAAAAAAUUCAAACAAAUUAGUUAUGAAACCCAUUCCAGGCUCCCAGCUCUAAACCACCAUGGAACAAAUCACAACAACAUAUAAGUGCAUGACAAGUUAAUCUAAUUGAUUUCCGACCUUAACGUGGGGCAUGUGGAAAAGAGAGAGGGAGGGAUGGAUUGAGAGAACCUGCAGACAGCUUGAAUUAGUUGAUGGGAAAGGAAAUUGCGAGAAGGGAACAGAAUGGGAGGGGAGGAGUUAAUUAAUUUAAGGGCGACGGUUAUAUACUCACACGAAGAACAUGGUGAGCAGAGAGAGAAAGCAGUAGGCAAGGAGAGAAAGAAAAUAACUGGCGUUGGGGAUUUCGGCGAGAAGGUAGGAAGAAGAUUGGAAAAUAAAGUUACAAUUGUGUCCCUCCGAUUAGUGCGGGUUGGUUAGUAUGAGCUGACGUGGUGAAAAGGAUAUAUUGACAUUCCCUUAUAGUAAUUUGUAGACAAGAAAACCCAAAGUAUUGGCGGUACUUGGCAAAAUAUAUAUCAAGGGAAUAAAUUGUAAAUAUGCAGCAUUUCUUGAUUUGGACUUUAGUUUUUGGAUAAGCUUAAGUGAUUUUCUAAUUUUUUUUUCUAAAUGACUCGGUUCUUUUCUUCUUUAGUUUUUAUUUUCCCUGCCGAGAAAAUGACAAGAAAGUUAAUUGCAGGAUACAAUUGAAUCUAAAAAUGUUCGGUAAUUCCUACGGCAAAGUAAAAGUAGUAACAUAAUUAACGUACAAAGACAAAUACACUUUUAACUUAAUCAUCAAUCCUCCUCGCCAUUCUUGCAACUUCCGCUACCCUAACUCUCACUAGCAAUCACAUUUAUAUAAAAUGGUGUCCUCAUCGCCUGCCGGGAACAAAAUUAUAUUGUGUACUCAAUGGGUCUGGGAGCUUGUUUCCGGCGGCCACGGCGGCGAGACUGCUACCUCCGGCCCCACGACGACGACGAGUGCAACUACUCUUCUCCUCCUCCUCCUCUCGCUCCCAGUAGCUCGCCGCCGUCGUCUUACAGUUUCGCUGAUUGGAUCAAGCCGAGGUGCCUUGGAGGAGGAAACAAUACUCCGUGGCGGAGCGAGAAGUUGAAAUUAGAGCCCAACUCUUUCGCUUCCGCCGCCAGCAGAAAGCGGAAGGUGGCGGCGGAGGCGGGUAGUGGCGAUCGGGAUGGUCGUGGGAGGCGGCCGGAUCGCGUCAGGAAGCUGAAGAAGAGGCAGGGUCACGCCGGCGGCCGUCGUGACGAUAUCAAUCUGCAGGAGUUUUUGGUGCGGUCUCCGUCGAGGAAAUUACCGCCGCCGUUGAUCGCCGCCGCCAAAAACAGAGUGCAUCCUGAUUCCCAAAUUGAUAAUAAUACGGGGAGUUUUUCUUUGGAGAUGCCGCUGGAGAUCGAAGAAGCCGAGACAGCGGUCGUUAACAACAGUAUUGAUGAGGUUAGCAGCAGCAGGAAGAGAAGGGUGAGCUUUAGGCUGCCGGAAGAAGGUGAUAUUUUCACCUACGAUCCCUCCGACGAUGAUGAGGAAGAGCAUCUCAUGAUCGGAGUCUACUACUUUUGACUAUAAACAUUACUGUGGGUUUGAUUUCCGGCGAGAAAACUUUUUUUCCCCUCGAAAUUAAUGCGUUGUACUUUGACUUUUUGAACUAUGAUUAACAACCUGAUUGAUAAAAAUCCAAGGUUGUCAACCCGUGGGUUGACCCGGACCCGGUUGAGUUAGUGGGUCCUGAUAAAUUAUAUUGUACUUAUCCUGAUAAAUUACAUCAAAUCUCAAGGUUGUCAACCCGCGGGUUGACCCAGAAAUAUAGAAAGUGUCAUUAUAUUGUACUUAUCCUGAUAAAUUACAUCAAAUCUCAUAUAACAUAUGAGUUAUAACAUAUAAUAUUACACCAAAAUAACAUUUCGUACUUAGAUUCAACAUAUGGUGAAAAUCCACACACACUUAUAUAACAUUAAUAUUCAAAUGUUCAACUUAGGAUUCAAAAGAUUGAGUUAGGCGAAAAGAAAAAUCGGAAAAUAGGCGCAUUUCGCAAAACAAAGAACAAAAUGGCACAAUUUGACCUCCAACCCGGUACCUUAUAGCGGUCGACCUGACGGGUGCGUGCAACCCGUUUUUCUCACCGGGUCAGGGUCAAAGUGGGUCAACCCACGGGUUGACAACCUUGUAAAAAUCUGAUUUGGGCAAGCACAUGUGGACAGGACGGCCGUACGUGUUGGCAAUUCGAACCCGUCUCGUGGGUAUUAUCUAACUUUAUUCGUGAUGAGGUGAGUAUUAUUCAACUCGCAGUAGUGUGGGGCGGGGCAUGAGUAUAUAUUUCCGAUCCCGCCCCAUUCUUGACCCAUUCUAUCUCAAUUCUUUUCGAAUAACAUAUAAGCAUGGGUCGACCUGCAGUAGCGUGGAGCGGGACAUGGAUAUUCCUGCGACGCCCCGCUCCAUUGUCAUCACUACACGGGUCAGAGACUCAAAGCUGGCAUUGCUAUUUUUUAUUAUUAUUUAUGUUUCGGAAUUCUAUGUAAGGGUUGUUUUCUUUUUAUUUUGAAAAUAAAGUCAGAUUAAUAAU